CUGGAUGCAUAAACCUGUUUGGUGGGGAGUUGGGCACUACAACGCAUCAGUCUGUCAGCUUCAGUCUGACAACAGCAGCCUGACAGCAACUGCACAGGGCUGUGUUAAUUGCAUGAUUCACCAUGUCACUAGGGCGGAUUUGCUUUGUAUACAUAUUUUCACAGCACCUUGCGCGCCAAUAUCCUGGUGUGCUGUAGCUUCGCAGCUGAGGCAAUAUCACAUACGCAUGCUGGAUUAUCGGAUAGGUAUAGCAAUUAGUCUGGCAGAUCAAUCUGGCAAAUGCCUUUCAGGAAAUGGGUGUAUUGGGGCCACCGAAACAGCAUGUUGACAACAUAGCAGCAACCAGGACAAUAUUGUCAAAGUUGAACGUGGCAGUUUUUGAUCGCCAUUGUGCGAGCUGCCACGCUAUUGUUUGUCAACCCAUCAACCGAGGUAUUCUUUGCAGCUAGAAGGUAGCAUUGCGUGAUGCAUUUUGUAUCCGUUUGUUUUCAAAGCAACCUGGAAGGUUGGCCGAGCUGAAGUGUCUAUCACUGUACAUUCUUGCUGGGAGCAUCUGACUUGCAUGCUCUCAGAAGUCUUGUUUCCAGGCUCGUUCUGAAAUUCUCUUGCCCAACAGAUCAGGCACGUGUCUUUUCACUGAGAGUUGGCUGUAAUGCAAUUUUCAAGC